GUAGGACACAUUUUUCGGAGGACGCGUUGACAUAUUCAGUUUGUCUACGUGAUGGGUUUGUCGAAGCUUAGUAUUUCAGAUGUUGACCUUAAAGGGAAACGUGUUCUUAUUCGAGUUGAUUUCAACGUCCCUAUGAAAGAUGGGAAAGUUACUAACACUCAAAGAAUAGCAGCUGCCAUACCAACUAUUAAAUAUGCUUUGGAUAAGGGGGCUAAGAGUGUCGUCCUAAUGUCCCAUUUAGGUCGGCCAGAUGGGAACAAAGUCGAUAAGUAUUCUCUAAAGCCUGUGUGCCCUGAAGUGUCAAAGUUGUUAGGAAAAGAAGUUACCUUCCUCAGUGAUUGUGUUGGACCUGAUGUAGUUAAUGCGUGUGCUAACCCUACUCCUGGAAGUGUUUUUUUGUUAGAAAAUCUACGCUUUCACGUUGAAGAGGAAGGAAAAGGUGUCUCACCGACCGGCGAAAAAACAAAAGCCACUGCUGAUCAAAUCAAGGCUUUCAGUGAAAGUCUGACAAAACUUGGUGAUGUUUACGUCAACGAUGCCUUUGGGACGGCACAUAGAGCUCAUGCUUCUAUGGUCGGCUGCCAACUGCCACAAAAAGCCUGUGGAUUUCUCAUGAAUAAAGAACUGACAUAUUUCGCCAGAGCUUUGGAAAAUCCAGAACGUCCUUUCCUAGCUAUUUUGGGAGGUGCCAAGGUUAGCGACAAGAUCCAGUUGAUCAAUAAUAUGCUUGACAAAGUUAAUGAAUUGAUCAUCGGUGGUGGGAUGGCAUAUACAUUUCUUAAGCAAAUACACAACAUACAUAUAGGAAAUAGUUUAUUUGAUGCACCGGGUGCAGAAAUCGUCCACAAAGUAAUGGAAACUGCAAAGGCUAAAAAUGUUGCAAUUCACCUACCUGUUGACUUUGUAACUGCUGAUAAAUUUGCUGACGAUGCGAACACUGAAGUAAGAACUAUACAAUCUGGAAUUGCUGACGGUUGGAUGGGAUUAGAUAUUGGUCCGAAAACAAUUGAAGAAUUCAGUAAGGUGAUUAGUCGUGCCAAAACUAUUGUUUGGAACGGGCCGAUGGGCGUUUUCGAAAUGGACAAGUUUGCAAGAGGAACGAAAGCAGCAAUGGAUGAAGUGGUCAAAGCUACUAAGAAUGGUGCUACAACUAUUAUUGGUGGUGGUGACACCGCAACAUGCUGCGCCAAAUGGGACACAGAAGAUAAAGUUAGUCAUGUCAGUACUGGUGGUGGUGCUAGUCUCGAACUUCUCGAAGGUAAACAAUUACCCGGAGUUGUUGCGCUUACGGAUGCUCACUAAUGUGUUUGGUCAUAAUAUCCCUUAACUUCAUAAUUAAUUAUAAUUAGUGUUCUUACCUUCGAAUUUUCACACUUGUUCUCAGUUUUAUGAUUACUUGGUAUUGUUAUACAUGUGUUCUUGAUUUGAUGGAUAUUUUUUCUGUUUCAUUUCUAUACGUGUAGAUGUAUUUCUCCCAUAUGCGCAUUUGCUACCAAUAGAAAUUUCCGGU